CGCAAGUUGUGUAUUUUAUUUUUUAAAUUAAAUUAAUGCUAUCAAGCUUUUAAUUAGAUGUUUUACGUUUUAUUAACUGGUUGUAUAUUUAAGUAUUUCUUAACUUGUAGCAGGAAAAUCCUCUGAGAGUUACUUUUAAAGAAGAUAUCCUGGAAUCUAUCUUGAGAUCGUAAAAAUAAUAACACAUUUUAGAAGCACGUAGAAGCACGCAGGUUUUACUGAAAUCUACAAUGGCUACAAGAAAGCGUAGUGGUUCUGGAUCAAAGAGACAUUUGAAGGAGAAAGUGGUACAGAUAUACGAGUCGUUUUUUAGAGGCGAAGACCUGACCAGUGAUAACCCCACUUUCUGGGAUGAAUUUUUCCUCCUCAAACCAAAGAUCCCUCAACUUGAAGCUGAAAUCCACAAGUUAUCAGUGGAACAGCUCAACAAUAUGAAAGAUAGUAUUAAUUUAUUAGUCACACAGUGUAUAGAAAUGCUAGGACAAGAACACCAUAUAAGGCUUGUUUAUGCCCUUCAAACAUUGAGUGCACUCCUCAUUACUAUGUACCAAAGGGCAAGUCAAGACUCCAAUGUAAACAUUAAAACCCUACUUAUAGGAACAGAGAAUGCUGAUAUGAAAAUGCAGAAGUUAUUUGAACACUGCAGUACUAUAUUGUCAGGUGAUGUGCCUGAGAGCUUGAAAUCAAUGGUAUUGAAGUUAUUGCUGAUAAUAGCCACUGGGCUUGACAACAUUGAUGACAAUGUCUUGGUUGAUUAUUUAAUGCAAAAUUCCUUAUUUGAGCCAUUAAUCCAAUUACUUUGCACAUCGACUGAAAGACAACAACAUGGCUAUGAUGUUGUGAUUCUGUUAAUGUUUUUGGUGAACUACAAAAAACAGGAGUCUGCCAACCCAUAUGUAGUAAAACUAUCAAUUCUUGAUGAUGAACUGGCUUUGAAUGGGUAUGGCCAAGUUAUAACUGCAACAUUGAAUGAUUUCGUGAUGUCUGCGUUCGGCGGCUUGCAAGGCGGCGGCGGCGGAGGCUGGCUCUCCUCUUUAACCAGCAUGGUGGGAGGCAUAUUCCUAGCCAGUGAUGAAACACAGCCAGUGGUUAGGGGGCAGAGAAACAGUGGCGGCGAGGAAGGCAUGCUAUUGGCGCUAUACGAGGCGGCGCAUUUGAACCGCAACUUCAUGACGACUCUCGCGCACUCGUCUUCAGCCGCCGCGUCGUCGGCGCCGCCGUCGCCGCCUGCCACGUUACCACCACACCAGAGCCCACCAAACUUGGCGCAAAUACAAGCUCUGGACAAUGAACAGCCUACCAAUCUUCUUGUUACAUUUUUCCAAUAUUGUUCAAUAGUAAUGGCAGACACGAGGACUGAAGCCAGCAUAAACAAAUGCAGUUUAUGCUUCAUUACACUCACCUGUAUAGUGGAGGAACAGUUCGCCAACUCAAUAAUGCAUGACCAAAAUCUAACUUUUAAGGUUCAACUGUACAGACUUCCAAUGCGUCAUAGAAAAAUAGUCCCUGAGGAACCACCCUCACAGCCAUUAGCUUCAACAUUAAUUGACCUGCUGGUAGAAUUCAUAAUGUGCCACCUGCUGAAGAAGUUCCCCGGCGAGCUAUACCAGCUGUGCGUAGGCGUGCUUCUGCGGCUGCUGAGCUACCAGAAGCGAUGCCGCGUGCGCCUGGCGCGCGACUGGCGCCCGCUGUGGGCCGCGCUCAUCGCGCUGCUCAAGUUCCUCGUCACCAACGAGAGCACGCUGCUGCGGCGACACAACAUCUUCGUCAUGGCGCAGCAGGUUGUGAAUAUCUUCAAUCUCUUCAUAACAUUCGGGGAUACGUUCCUACCAACGCCGGCGUCCUACGAUCAGCUGUACUAUGAAUUAAUUAGGAUGCAUCAAGUCUUCGAUAAUCUGUUUUACAUGGCGCUGCGGUACUCGACGGGCGACGGCGAAUACAAGGCGGAGGCGCUGCGGCUGGCCAACUGCCUGGUCAACGUGCGCGCCAUCAUCCAGCACUUCUCGCCCAAGAUCGAGGCCUGGCUCGCCUCGCAGAACCUGUCCACGCCCACCGAGGACCAGAUCUUAGACGUCGUCAGGAAGAACUACGACAGCCUCAUCCUAAAACUGCAAGAAGGUUUGGAAUCCUACGAGCGUUAUUCGGAGCGAGCGCACCGAGCGUUACUCGCUCGGCUCGUGAGCGCCGCGCUCGCCGCCGCCGCCGCGCGCCGCGACGCCGCCGCGCGACAUUUGCACUCCGCCGCCGCUGACGCCGUCUCGCAUUACUCCGCUAUCGCGUGAGCCUCUACUUAAGGUUCAGCCAAACCAACGCGAU